AUAAAUGUGUUGGCAACACUACAAACGUGAAUCUUGAAUUUUUCGCAGUCAUCAAAUCGGAAGUGUUUGGUUAAAAGAAGUAAUUUGCAAAUACCUAGUCCAUUGUUUGUUACUUACAGGUGCUACCUUUAAUUGAAGGAAGAUGAAUAUCACCUCAGCAGCGGGGAUUAUCUCCCUUUUGGAAGAGCCUAAGUCAGAAUUAAAAGCGUUCGCAUUGAAAAAAUUAGAUAACAUCGUGGACGAAUUUUGGCCCGAAAUUUCUGAGGCAAUUGAAAAAAUUGAAAUUCUUCACGAGGAUAAGGUUUUUCAGCAGCAUCAGUUAGCUGCUUUGGUUGCUAGCAAAGUGUACUAUCAUUUAGGCUCGUUUGAGGAUUCGCUUACCUACGCACUCGGUGCUGGUGAUCUGUUCGAUGUUAAUUCUCGAACGGAAUAUGUGGAAACAACACUAGCGAAAUGUAUUGAUUAUUAUACGCAACAGCGUAUUUCUCUGGCAGAUGAUUCUGCAACAGCUAAACCGAUUGAUUCUCGUCUGGAAGCUAUUGUGAAUCGAAUGUUUCAGCGUUGUUUGGACGAUGGGCAGUAUAGGCAAGCGUUAGGUUUAGCUUUGGAGACACGUCGAAUGGACAUUUUUGAAUCGGCCAUCACACAGUCGGACGAUGUGGCAUCGAUGCUCAGCUAUUCCUUCCAAGUAGCCAUGAGUCUUAUACAAAAUCGGGGAUUUCGUAAUUCCGUUCUGCGUUCACUUGUGGAAUUAUAUCGUAAUCUCGCUAUCCCGGAUUAUGUUAAUAUGUGUCAGUGCCUCAUUUUCCUGGACGAUGCGCUUCCUGUUGCCGAAAUUUUGGAUAAACUUGUACAAGGCCAAGAGGAGAGCCAACUUAUGGCAUACCAGAUUGCAUUUGAUUUAUACGAAUCUGCCACUCAACAAUUUUUGGGGCGUAUUCUAGAAGCGCUGCGAACAACCGCCCCUCUUCCUCACUUAUUUGAGUCCAAGUUAAAAUCGAAAAGCGACGCCUCUGUAGAAGUCGGUGAGAGUAACGAAACUAAAGCCGAGGUCAAAGAUGAGCGUGCGUAUGACAGUUUGAGCGAUGGAGAGAAAGAGCACCAGGGUCGCAUAGAAAAGUUACACAGUAUUUUGUCUGGCGAAAUUUCGAUUGAGCUCCAUUUGCAAUUCCUCAUUAGAUCGAAUCAUGCGGAUUUACUUAUCCUCAAACAGACAAAGGAGGCGAUUCGUGUUAGCAUUUGUCAUACGGCGACCGUUAUUGCGAACGGUUUUAUGCACAGCGGUACGACGAGCGAUCAAUUUCUAAGGGAUAAUUUGGAGUGGUUAGCUCGCGCAACAAAUUGGGCUAAAUUAACGGCGACCGCGUCGUUAGGUGUGAUUCACAGAGGACACGAACACGAAGCUUUAACUUUGAUGCAGAGUUACUUACCGAAAGAAGUGGGGCCAAGUUCUGGCUACUCCGAAGGUGGUGGCUUGUAUGCGCUUGGUUUGAUACAUGCAAAUCACGGUACAAAUAUUACCGACUAUUUGUUGGGACAACUGAAGGAUGCACAAAAUGAGAUGGUACGGCAUGGCGGAUGUUUGGGAUUGGGUCUGGCUGCUAUGGGUACUCAUCGGCAAGAUGUUUAUGAACAGUUGAAGUUUAAUUUAUUCCAAGAUGAUGCGUGUACUGGAGAAGCUGCCGGUAUCGCGAUGGGGAUGGUGAUGCUUGGAUCCAAAAAUGCUUCUGCCAUUGAAGAUAUGGUUGCUUACGCUCAAGACAGUCAACAUGAGAAAAUUUUGCGCGGGCUCGCUGUGGGAAUCGCCUUCACGAUGUACGGACGUCUGGAAGAAGCCGACCCGUUAAUUCAACAGCUAACUUCAGAUAAAGAUCCGAUUUUACGUCGCUCUGGGAUGUACACGUUGGCCAUGGCUUACUGCGGAACUGGACAUAACCAGGCGAUAAGAAAACUUCUUCACGUCGCCGUAUCCGACGUAAACGAUGACGUAAGGAGGGCGGCGGUCACGGCGCUAGGAUUUUUAUUAUUCAGAACACCGGAGCAGUGUCCGAGUGUGGUCUCUCUUCUUGCCGAAAGUUACAAUCCGCACGUGCGUUACGGCGCUGCUAUGGCAUUGGGCAUCGCUUGCGCCGGCACUGGACUACGCGAAGCCAUUGCACUCCUUGAGCCAAUGGUUAUGUUUGAUCCCGUAAAUUUUGUUCGCCAAGGGGCUCUCAUCGCGUCCGCCAUGAUUUUAAUUCAACAAACGGAGCAAACCAGUCCCAAGGUGACCUUCUUUCGCCAAUCCUACGCUCAAGUUAUCAGCAAUAAACAUGAGGACGUGAUGGCUAAAUUUGGAGCAAUUUUGGCCCAGGGUAUAAUCGAUGCAGGAGGCCGAAAUGUGACUUUAUCGCUUCAGUCGCGCACCGGACAUACUAAUAUGUUGGCUGUUGUGGGAACCUUGGUCUUUACCCAAUAUUGGUACUGGUUUCCUUUGGCUCACUGCCUUUCGCUAGCCUACACUCCUACCUGCAUCAUAGCCCUUAAUUCGCAGCUUAAGAUGCCAAAGUUAGAUCUGAAAUCAAACGCUAAACCGAGUACGUAUGCGUACCCUCCGCCUUUGGAGGAAAAAAAACGUGAGGAGCGGGAAAAGGUAACUACGGCCGUGUUGAGCAUUGCCGCUCGUCAACGAAGAAGAGACCACGAACGUAAACACCGCGACGAAAAAAUGGACGUGGAUGCAGAUAGUAGUGAUACAAAGUCCGUGACAUCGUCAAUAGAAGAAAAGAAAUCUACAACCACUACAGAAGACAAAAAGGAAGAAAAGAAACCAAUUGAUGGCAAGAAAGAUGACAAAGACGAAAAGAAGAAGGAAGAAAAAGAAGAAAAGAAGAAGGAGCCUGAGCCAAACUUUGAAAUAUUGAGUAACCCCGCGCGCAUAUUACGACAACAACUAAAAGUUAUUUCCUUGAAUGAGGGCUCUCAAUAUGUCUCUAUGAAAGAUGUUUCUAUCGGUGGCAUAAUAAUGGUUAGAAACUUGAAACCUGGAGAGGAAGAGCUUGUGGAGCCUGUUGCAGCAUUUGGACCAAAAGGGGAUGAUGAAAAGGAACCUGAACCCCCAGAGCCCUUCGAAUGGACCGAGUAAUUUAGAUGAUUUUCUGUUAUUAAUAAACAAUGUAUCCUUAAUAAAACAUUUACAUGUGUGGUUUUGUGAACGCAAA